UAGAAAUAUAGGAAGGAAGUAGCAAUAACUCCAGAUAUUAUUGCAAUAAUUGAGAUCAGGAAAAAAUCAACUUUAACAUAUGAUUUUCUGUGGACACUAUUUAUACGUUUUAAAUUUCCCAGGCCUGCAGUUCCGUCUCCUCCCGUUAGGGGGCAGCACAGCCGACAACAACCCCCGUCUCCACCGGAGGAAGCAAAUCGAAACUCCUCAAUGAGUUCACCUUCAGAUAAACAGUUAGUCCCCGUUUCUUUCCACGCAGGCUCUUCUUUUUUUUUUUUUUUUUUUUUUCUUUUCUUUGGAAGUAGUUUUGGCGUCUUGCUGCCAUGAACGGAUCUCUGCACUCCUCUCCCGGUGUCGUGGACAUAAAGCUGAAGCGAGGACCUGCGGGCUUGGGGUUCAACAUAGUCGGCGGCGUGGACCAGCAGUUUGUUGUGAAUGACAACGGCAUUUAUGUGUCCAAAAUAAAAGAAGAUGGAGCAGCAGCGUUGGACGGACGACUCCAGGAGGGGGACAAGAUCCUGGCGAUAAACGGCGUCGUGCUGGAGGACCUGACACACCGAGCCGUGGUGGAGCUGUUCAGGACGGCGGGGGAGGACGUGGAGCUCCGCCUUCUGAAGAAGUUGCCUCGACACAUGAACGGACCCUCGGGUUCUCAGCCCGAGCCCUCGUCCGCCGGCUCCCUGUGGGCGGCGCUGGCCUUGUUGGGAGCAGCCACGGCUCUCGCCUUCAUCUACGUCAAGAACAGGAGGCAGUUUUAAGAAAACGGGGCCGACGGCGUCUGUACCACAUUUACUUUUAAGUUCACGAAAACUUUCGCUAAACGCCGAAGAAGUGAAAAAACGGAUGGAACAAAGUCUAAACUGUAGACAAGUAUUUUGUUGAUUAGCAGGUGGUAGUGGUUAAUGACCUUCUGAUGGGGACGUGAAGGACGGGAACAUUCCUGCUGAUUGGGGGGGGGGGAGGGGGCGGAGCUUAGAGGGAAACAAACACACACACAUGUUAUAAACACACACACCUGUUAAUGUUUGGGUUGAGUCAGGCUACACUUUUCGUCUACAAACUAAAAGACAGCGUUGUGUUCGGUCUCCCUCUCUGUGCCCCCCCCCCCUCCCUGACUGAAUGGCAGGUCUGUCUGAGGGGGGUGCGUUCAAAACCCAAAAUGUGUUGUUUGAUUUUCAUUUUGCACCGUUGCACAGACUCGUGGGAGGAGGCUUUUAAACGUGAUAAAAUGUCUCGCGAUGGACUUUCUGAGUGCCUUUUUUUUUCUGUCUUGUUGGGAUCUCGUUGCUCCUUAAGAGUCUCAAAAUGAAAAUCAAACCACUGCGUCUGUAAAACUCUAUUCCAAGAAAUCCUUUAAAAAAAAAAAAAAAAAAGAAAAGAAAAAAAAAGACCAAAACCAACUUUCAGACACACAAAAAACAUCGCAAAUCCGCGUUGAGAGAACUGCUCACUAGUUUUUACUAACUUUCGUCGGGGACUAUUUUUAGCGGCGGAUUAAUCCACAUCCACGGCUCUAGUGAUUGUUUCUGGCAGCAGCUCGGUCUGUGUGUGUUUGUGUGUGUUUGUGGGAUUAAGGCGACGCUGAUGUGUUUUUAAUAGUUGUUGGACGACAGUGGACGAAUGAAUCAGUUGGUUUUGGUCUUUUUUUUUUUUUUUUUAUUUUAAAUGGCAUUUAACACUAAACCAAACUACACAUAGAUCAUGACCGGACUCAUUGUUGAAGGGAAGAUGCACUCGUUGGAAGCGUCACCAGGUGGUUUAACCUUUAGAGAGUUUGUUAUGAAGCGUCACUCAGGGUGAAUCGUAGAAUAAAAGGCAUAAUUCGUAGUCGCAGCUAAAGACUAAAACAUUCCUGAUUUUGCGUUGAGGUCCGUCCUCGUACUCGUGACAUGAACGUCUGUUCCUUUCCAUUUUUGCACUAACCACAACCACGGGACCCCUCCAGUAACGGCCGUAGAGCGGGGGCAUGAGUGAACUGUGCAUGCUGGGUGUUUGUGCUUUGUUUUUUUUGUUUUUGUUUUUUUGUUUUUUUUUUUUAGUCCACAUCUGUCUCGAGAGCGUGCGUCUCUGACUGGUUGUGUUUUCGUCGUCUGUAAAUACAUUUCAUGUCGCUCUGCUGAGUGGGUUUGUGAAUAUGUGCAGUUUGCCAGAGAAAUAGACCAGAUGAACUGAAUAUAAAUUAUGCAACAAAUAACGUGUUGGACUUCAAGGAAACUAUUAAAUAUCACGUUCAACUCA